AUGCUCACCUCUCGCGGCGCCGUCUCCCGUCUCUCGAGGCGAGCUGUUUCCUCUGCCAACAAAACAAACGCGUUCUUCUCCACCGCUGCCCGCUUCUCCAGGGUUGCUGCCUCUUCCUCCUCUCGUCAGCAGCUGUCGUCGUUAUCCCGUCCCCAGCGGGCUGCGCCUUCAACUGAAGCUCGCCUAUAUGCGACCGAGGCGAAGGGUGCCAUCGGCUCGGUGAAAACCGUCAUUGGUGCCGUCGUCGACGUUCAGUUUGAGACUGAAAACCUUCCCCCCAUUCUCAACGCCCUGGAGGUGGUGGAUUUCCAUGGAGGUCGUCUUGUGCUUGAGGUCGCGUCCCACUUGGGUGAGAACUCCGUUCGUACCAUUGCUAUGGACGGUACAGAGGGUUUGGUUCGGGGCCAAAAGGUCGUUGAUACCGGCGCACCUAUCCUUGUCCCCGUCGGAACUGCCACUCUUGGUCGUAUCAUGAAUGUCAUCGGUGAGCCCAUCGACGAACGUGGUCCCAUCAAGGGCGUAAAGCUCUCUCCGAUUCAUGCCGAUCCUCCUGCUUUCGUCGAGCAAUCUACUACGGCCGAGGUUCUCGAAACCGGUAUCAAGGUUGUCGAUCUCCUUGCUCCCUACGCUCGCGGUGGAAAGAUUGGUUUGUUCGGGGGUGCUGGUGUCGGCAAGACCGUGUUGAUUCAGGAGCUCAUCAACAACGUCGCCAAGGCCCAUGGUGGUUUCUCUAUCUUCUGUGGUGUCGGAGAGCGUACUCGUGAGGGCAACGAUCUUUACCACGAAAUGAUUGAAACCGGUGUGAUCAACCUCGAGGGUGACUCCAAGGUCGCCCUUGUCUUCGGUCAAAUGAACGAGCCCCCUGGUGCCCGUGCCCGUGUUGCCCUGACUGGUUUAACCAUCGCCGAGUACUUCCGUGAUGAGGAGGGUCAGGACGUGUUGCUCUUCAUCGACAAUAUUUUCCGUUUCACCCAGGCCGGUUCUGAAGUGUCUGCCUUGCUCGGUCGUAUCCCCUCUGCUGUCGGUUACCAGCCUACCCUCUCUACUGAUAUGGGUGGCAUGCAAGAACGUAUCACCACCACCAAGAAGGGUUCCAUCACUUCCGUUCAGGCCGUCUACGUCCCCGCUGAUGAUUUGACUGAUCCUGCCCCCGCUACGACAUUCGCUCACUUGGACGCUACCACUGUGCUGUCUCGUGGUAUUGCCGAACUUGGUAUCUACCCUGCCGUCGACCCACUGGACUCCAAGUCCCGUAUGUUGGAUCCUCGUAUUGUCGGACAGGAGCACUACGAUGUUGCCACCGCCGUUCAGAAGAUUCUGCAGGAUUACAAGUCGCUCCAGGAUAUCAUCGCCAUUUUGGGUAUGGAUGAGUUGUCAGAAGAGGACAAGCUUACCGUCGAGCGUGCUCGUAAGAUCCAGCGUUUCAUGUCGCAACCUUUCCAGGUCGCACAAGUCUUCACUGGUUACGAGGGAAAACUGGUGUCAUUGAAGGACACCGUCCGGUCGUUCAAGGAGAUCCUCUCUGGUGCACAUGAUUCGCUUCCUGAAUCUGCCUUCUACAUGGCUGGUACGAUCGAGGACGUCAAGGCCAAGGCAGAGCAACUCGCUAAGGAGAUGGGCAAUUAAACGCACUAAAUGGGACCGCUGAACGUAAAAAGAGCUCAACGGUGCUAUACCUUACAACCUACUUGCAUGAUGAUGUUUGGAUCUUACACUUUUGGCUCUUCACGUGAAUUCAAAUCAAAACAAUAUUUUUUUUCC